AUGUCCACGCCUUUACCUCCGGAUCCAUAUGUCGCCCUAGGUCUGGCUAAAGAUGCCACCGCUGCACAAAUAAAGACAACCUACCGCAAACUCGUCCUCAAAUGCCAUCCGGACAAGGUCACAGACGAAUCGAAAAAGGCAGAAGCGUCUGACCAGUUCCACCGUAUACAGCAGGCCUACGAGAUCCUUAGCGAUGAAGGACGAAAGUCACGUUACGAU